GCUGCCUUGCUCUGGAGCCGCCCCCCGGCCGCCGGGAGAGGCUGAGAGAUGGCCGAAGGGGAAAUCACGACCUUCACCGCCCUGACCGAAAAGUUCAACCUUCCCCUGGGGAACUACAAGAAACCCAAACUCCUGUACUGCAGCAACGGGGGCCACUUCCUACGGAUCCUCCCAGACGGCAAAGUGGAUGGGACCAGGGACCGCAGCGACCAGCACAUUCAACUCCAGCUAAGUGCGGAAAGCGUGGGAGAGGUGUAUAUAAAGAGCACCCAGUCUGGGCAGUACCUGGCGAUGGACACCAACGGGCUGCUCUACGGCUCGCAGUUACUGGGUGAGGAGUGCCUGUUCCUAGAAAGGAUCGAAGAAAACCAUUACAACACAUAUGUCUCCAAAAAGCACGCGGAUAAGAACUGGUUUGUAGGUCUGAAGAAGAACGGGAACAGCAAGCUGGGGCCGCGGACUCACUAUGGCCAGAAGGCAAUCCUCUUCCUCCCGCUGCCCGUCUCGGCUGACUAAAACCCGUCCCAGAAGCUCAGAGACGACCCCGAACCCCAAAACCCAACUGCCGCCUCCUCCUUUUCCCUCGCUCUCUCUCUUUUUGGCUAGUAUGACAGAGCCAAACGUUAGAGCUCCAAGCUCUAGGUAAAGGCUUUACCAAAAAUAGACAAACCACAGCUCCUCCGCUCUGCAUGAAGCUUUGCGGAGUUGAGGGGAAAAGCCCCGACACCCCUCCCAGGUCCACCGGCACCCCCGCUCCCCCUGCCCUCUGCCGUCUGUCGCUGCAUGCUGUGACCACGCUGCAGCUCCCCGGACAUGCACAAACUUGCCCUGGGCAGGCACCCAGAAACGUGGCUAAGGGCACCCCAAGGACACCCCGGUUGCCAGAGAAACGCACGCUUUUACUCUCCCCAGUUAUUCUAAGGCAAAACCUCCCUGGAUACUCUGUAUUAACAUAUUUACCCAUCUAAGUAUGUAGCUUCCAAUAUGCCCUUCAGGCAAUUUGAGAUUGCACCAUCAGUCGUGUUAUCGAGUGCCAGCCUGGUUAAAUGCUUGCCGAUAUCCUCGGGGUAUUAAGCUAAACUAGCAUCAGCCAAAAGCUCCAAGCCCUAGACAUCCUAGCCUCCCUUACAACGUGAAUAUUGCUGUAUUUCAUGCUAGUACCUGCCAUAUGUUAUUUGUAUUUAUUUAUUAAGUAAAUAUGUCUCUUCUACAAUCUGUUCAUAAGUAAUUCUAGGCACCGAAGCCCCUUCACGUUGUCCCAGUGAGGAGGGGGCAGAGUG